AUGGCCAGCGUCGACACCAACGUGAAUGAGUUCGACAGGGCCGACACUCGGCGUGGGCCGGGGCUCCAUUUCUGGCUUGCCUUCUGGGCCAUAGCCCUGACUAAUCUCGCCGCAGCCUUGGACGCCACGUCCCUCUCUGUCGCCCUGCCGGUGCGUUCCGACCUCUCCCCCACAAGUAGAAACGAUGUGAACACCGGGCUGACACAACAUGGACAGGCAAUAUCCGCGGCCAUCGGCGGCGAUGGCAACAGACAGACCGAGGCCUUCUGGGCCGGGACAUCCUACCUACUCGCCUGCACCGUUGUGUUGCUCCUCUGGGUAUCCCUGAGCGACGUCUUUGGCCGCCGUCCCGUUCUGAUGCUGGCGUUGGUCAUCUUUGCCGCCGGCUCCGUGGUUUGUGCCGUCUCCCAAAACUUUACUGUCAUGAUCGCCGGCCGGACCGUUCAGGGGCUCGGCGGCGGCGGAGUGCUUGGUCUCACCACCGUGUUGGUGACCGAUCUAGCGCCUCUUAGGGAGCGCGCUCGUCUUUAUGCCUUGAUCAGCUCCAUCUGGGCCGUGGGCAGCACUACCGGACCCAUUAUUGGUGGUGCUUGUGCUGAAGCAGGCCAGUGGCGAUGGAUAUUCUGGCUCAACCUUCCCGUCGUCGGACUCGGCUUGUUUGGUAUUGGCUUCUUCCUGAAGCUUACCCGGCCGAGCGGUGACACCACGGCCAGGCUGCGGAACCUGGACUACUUCGGCUCGACCCUCUUCAUCGCCUCCGUCACGGCUUUCCUUGUAUCGGUGACCCUGGGGGGUUCGCAGUUUCCCUGGAGCAGCUGGCACACGCUCGUCCCCCUGUGUCUUGGUGCUGCGGGCAUGGCGGGUGUUGCUGUGUUCGAGUGCUACGGCACGUCCACGCCCUUCAUCCCCGUCUACAUAUUCCGGAACUACUCAACAACGGCGGUAUACGCCGGCAGCUUCGUUCACGGGCUCAUCCUUUACUCUCUCGUGUACUACAUGCCCGAGUAUUUCCAAGCCGUCCUGGGCUACAGCCCGCUGAUUGCAGGCGUCGCCGCCCUCGCCCAGACCGCGACGGUAGUUCCAUGCGCCAUCUUCGUCGGCGUGGUCGUGUCCAAGACCGGCCGCUACCGCUGGGCUGUCUGGAGCGGUUGGGUGCUAGCAACCUUGGGCUGCGGGCUCCUGAUACUCUUGGGCGCCGACACCAGCAUCCCGGCGUGGAUCUUCCUCACUGCCGUGUCCGGGCUGGGCAUGGGGAUCCUAUUCCCGUCCAUCACGCUCGCGCUGCAAGCCUCGGUCCCGCCCGCAGACGUGGCCACGGCCGCAACGCUGGUUCUCUUCUUCCGCUCGUUCGGACAAGCGGUCGGCGUGGCCAUCGGUGGAUCGAUUCUAGAAAAUCACAUGCAGGUGGAACUCCAGCAACCAGAAAUUGCCUCGCUGCUGCCACCAGCCAUUGCAAAUAUUGGAGCCGUAACGCUGGCAUCCAUGAUGAAGAACAUGCCCUCGGGGUCCCCGUUGGCGAUGGCGUUGAGAGGCGCCCUUGUCCGUACUUUCCAAGUUAUCUGGGCGACCAUGUGCGGUCUGGCAGGCGUGACCAUGUUGUCACAGUUUACCAUCAAGGAAUACAGUAUGGAUCAGGAACACAUCACUGACCACCGUUUCCAGCAAGAAAAGCAAGAGUCCGGCCAAGAGAUUUUGAGACUGGGUUCAAACCGAAAGGAAGGAGAAUGA